UGGUUCAGCCAUUUCAUCUUAAACCCCCCAAAUUGGUCAUCGUUCUCCAACUUUGUUGGGUCCAAAGGAAUGGCUGCUAUGGCUUCUGACAAGGCAGAGGGGCAGGCGCAGUGGGAGUUUAGCUGUGACUUGGAGGUAGAUUAUGAGUCUGAAGAAAUUGCUUCUAUUGUCUACACGACAUUAGCUGUUGAUAAGGAGUUGCAACCGGACAAAGUGAAAAGGCAGAUGUCAGUUUCCAAUGGAAAGCUUUCAGUGCAUUUUGAGGCAGUUGAGGCAAGAUUUCUUCGGGCAUCAUAUAGUGCUUUUGUGGAUGUAUUGACACUUGCCACAAAAACAGUUGAAGAAUUUGGAAAAGGAAUGGAGUUGUAACAACUACAUGUAUUUUGACUGGUUGACUAAUAUUUUUCGUCAAACGAG